ACCGGUAACCUCUUGGUUAGUUAACAACAAACUGUGAGAAGGGUUAUUAACCGAAACCGUUUGAAAAUGAGUUAGGUUACGUUUGUGUAUUCUUUCACAUUUAACUUUAUUUUUACCAUUCAAAUUUAAAAUUUUACCAAAUAAUAUGAAAAGUUUUCUUAUCGGUGGCAUCCUGCUAUCUUUAUUUGGAUUUGUCUGGAUGGGAACCGAUGUGAAUCCAAAAUUAUCGCGAAUAUGGGGACCAGGAUUGACUCCCGAUACAAUCAUAAUGCCAGCUAGAUAUUUUUUCGUUAGUUUAAUCGACCAUAAAAACAAUACUAUCGGACACUCAGUUGGUAAAUCACUUAUAGCUACAAUAGACGGAGGAACGAAAACAAAAAAUCCUUGCCGAAUAAGGACUAAUGUAUUGGACAUAAAAGAUGGUUCAUAUAUCAUCCGAUAUAAAUUGUACGAAACUUGUUCCUACCUGAAAAUUAAUGUGGUGUAUGAAGGUGAACAUUUAGGUGAAUCUCCUUAUAUAAUAAAUAAUCCAGUUCCUUCUGAUGACUGUAUUUGCCCUGCCGAGAACUUAGAUAAACUUAUGAAUCAAUGGGACUGUGGAACUGUCCCUUCUCUGAUCAAAGAGAAGUUGGAUGUAUUUGGUGAGAUUGAUUGGACAAUACAGAGAAAUGGCCUGAUAGAAACCUUUAAUAAACCAUAUUCUGUCAGCAUUUGCCAUUAUGUUAUCAAGAAUAAUAAAAUUCAUCGAAAAUGUUAUGGAAAACAUGUAGGAUUCAAUAUGUUCGUGGAUAAUAUCUUACUCUCUUUAAGUAGAAAAUCGAUUCUACCUGACAUCGAAUUUUUUACUAACCUCGGAGAUUGGCCUUUGUCGACCCAUGAUCUAAGAAACAAGUAUCCCAUCUUAUCUUGGUGUGGGAGCACUGAAAGCUAUGACAUUAUCAUGCCUACAUAUGACAUCACCGAGUCAACCUUAGAGAAUAUGGGCAGGGUAACACUAGAUAUUCUCUCUGUUCAGGGAAAUACGAAAGGCCCAUACGAAACUAGAACUCCCAAAUUAUUUUGGAGAGGCAGAGAUUCUAACAAAUUUCGACUAGAACUCGUAAAACUCUCCAGGAAGAAUCCAGAUUUAUUCAACGUUUCACUCACAAACUUCUUUUUCUACAGAGACGAAGAAGAAGUCUAUGGACCCAAGACUGAGCAUGUUUCAUUUUUCUCAUUCUUUGAUUACAAAUAUCAGCUGGCAAUAGAUGGAACUGUAGCCCCGUACAGGAUGCCCUACUUACUAGCAGGUGGAUCAGUAGUUUUUAAACCAGAAUCAAAGUAUUUUGAGCAUUUCUACAAAAAUCUGGAACCCAACGUACAUUAUGUUCCCGUGAAACAGAAUAUAUCGGACCUAGUAGAAAAAAUUAAAUGGGCAAUUGAAAAUGACGAACAAGCAAGGAAGAUAGCAAGAAAUGCACAAAAAUUUGCCAAUGAUAAUGUGUUACCAAAGGAUAUAUUUUGUUAUCACUUCCACCUACUGAAUGAACUGAAUAAAAUCAUAACUAGUCCUGUAGAAGUAUUAGAAGAUAUGGAACAAAUUGAACAGAAAACGGUUCAAAACUGUGAUUGCUCAAAAGUAAAUAAAGACGAAUUAUAGGGAUAAAUUUAUCAUCCCUAAACAUAGAUAUUGUAGUGAAUCUCAUUUUACAUUCUAUUUGUCUUUCAGAUACUCAUUCCAAUAAGGGUAUUCUUAAAUAUUUAUAGUUGUUAAUAAAGUAAUUCAAAAAAA